AUUAAUUCCUGUGCUUCUGUAAGUGAGAGAGUGAGUGAGUGAGUGACUAGUUUGCUUCAAUGGCGCUUUCCUGGAUUCUCCCAGCACUUCUCUUUGCUUUGGUUCUUGCAAAUGUUGAACUCUCCACAUGCCAAGUUCUGAAGGCCAAGGUCACUUGCCUUGACUGCCAUCAAAAUUAUGAUUUCUCAGGAAUCAAGGUUUUGGUGAAGUGUGAUAAAGUGAAAAAGAUGGCAAUGGCAAUAACAGAAAAUGACGGCUCUUUUGAAGCAAAGCUCCCCUCAAACAACAAUACUAAAUCUCCAGAUGCUAAGAACUGCCUUGCCAGGAUUCUUGGAGGACCAGAUCAGCUCUAUGCCUCCAGGAAGUUCAUGGCAUCUGAGAUUGUCAAGAUCCAAGACUCCAACUCUUAUACCACAACAACUCCUCUUGGCUUCUCCACAUCAUGCCCUUUGAACAUCAAAGAUGCAGCCUGUAAAGCCAUGAACAAGUUUGGCUCAUCCAAGACUAUCAAUGUGCCUCUGCCACCAGAGUGGGGUUUGGCACCUUCAAGCUAUUAUAUUCCUUUCAUCCCCAUCAUUGGGAUACCUUAAGUAUCGUGUGUGAAGAAGCAUGUCAUAAUUAAGCUGCAGAAGUUCUAUAUAUAUACAUAUAUAUAUAUAUAUAUGUAUGUAUGUAUGUACGUAUAUGUGCGCGCGCGCGCGCGCGCGUGUGUGUGUGUGUGUACCCAGUGUGUUUUAAUUUAUUUGUUUUUUUCCUUUGUGGCCUAUAAACCUAGGAGGUAUAAUGUAUUAAGCACUUAGAACAAGGUUGAUUUACCAAUAAGACAAGUAGUAUUACUGCA